AUGCCCAGACACCUGCAUACAGAGUUCCUGCAGACGAACGCCAACCACUGCGCCCGCGCACAGGACCUGCUCAUGCAGGUCUUGGCGGAGUGGAGAAUUGCCGUUGCUGUCGUGGCCGAGCCCUACCUCAUCCCUUCCCAAUCUCACUGGGUCGGGGACACGGGGGGCUCGGUCGGAAUGGUGGCGCCGCCAACGGGCCCGCAACGCCUUUCUCUCAGGGAGAGGGGCGCGGGUUACGUGGCGGCAAACUGGGGAGAAGUAGUACUCAUCGGGGUCUACUUCUCCCCGAACAGGAGCCUCUCCCAAUUUGAGAGGUUCCUGGAUGGCCUGGAGCUGGUGGUGCGGAGGGCACUGCCAGCCCAGGUCAUCGUGAUGGGGGACCUCAAUGCUAAGUGCGCGGCUUGGGGAUCCCCCGUCACUGACGUCAAAGGGGCGCAUCUCCGGGAUUGGGCCCUCAUGAUUGGCCUGGUUCCGGUGAACCAAGGCAGCGCCUUCACGUGUGUGCGCGCGCGGGGUGGCUCGAUUGUCGAUGUUACUUUUGCCACCCCCGGUAUCGGCGCGCGCAUCACGUGUUGGCGCGUCCUGGAGGAUGUGGAGACCCUGUCCGAUCAUCUAUACAUCAGGUUCAGGGUCUCCACAGCGCCCCGCGGGCGUCAAACCCGCACGGCGGGCGGCCGAGGCGUCUUCCCUAGGUGGCAGCUGUCACGUCUCGAUGCAGACCUGGCAGAGGAGGCCGGAUGGUACGGGCCAAACUAA